UUGAAUCACAGAGGAGAAAUGGAUGUGAAAAAAGCUGGGUCGUCUCUUGAUUCGUUGAUCUCUUCCUUCAACGCUCGGAUUACCGAGCUUCAAGAGCUCGUAAUUGGAAGAAACAUGUAUCCAGCGAGCAGUAUCACCGAUCUGUCGGCGGUGGAUACUGCGCUGAAAACUCUGGAGCUUCAAGUGCAGGCCAUCAAGGACCGGUUACGCGAAGAGGCAGAAGCUAUUCCUAAAGCCAAGAAACUCAUCAACGCAUCACUGAAGCAGCAAAAGAAAUUGCAGAACAUGUCUCUUCACGUUCCCUCACUUGUGCCAGAUAGAGCAAUAACGUCAAAUUCGGAAACUAAUAGAUGUUUAUUUCCUGAAGUUUCUGGACAAGAGCCUGGAGUUGGGUCCCUAAAACUUGAAGAGGAGACUGCAGCAUUACCUAAGGAGAAAAAGGGUCGAGGAUCUCCACCAUUGUGGCACAUCACUGGAAGUGAACUAGAUUCCUUGUCAUCAUACAUGAGAGGUAGGCUUACUCUAGAAAAGGUGAAUGCAGCAAUUAAUGAUAUGGCAUCUUAUGCUGAAGCAAAUGCUCAACUUAUUGUUGCCCCCAGAAAAAAGUUGGCAGAAAAUAUUUUGGAGAAAGCCUUGGAAUUAAGAGAUAUUGCAGCUAUGGAAGGAAUAAAGGGGAAACACUUUUUCCUCGAGGCUGACAUAAAAGGUCCAAAUUUGAAGCUUGAUAACACUGGAAAAGCAAUUCUGACGGUCCUUCGUCACCUUGGCCGUAUCAGUGAGACUCGUAUUGGGCAUCAUCGGGUCAUUAUUCUGCAGAAGCCACAGUAAAAGGUCUUGCUACUUCCAUUAAACUUGUGUAUGGAUUUUGGGGGAAAAAAAAAGAAGAGAAAAUAAGUGACAUUAGACGGUUGCAUAGAUAUCAAAUUUGUUCAAAUGUCUAGAUACUUCGAAACAGAAGACGUUUGUUUGUGCAGCUAAUCGCAUCAAAAGCAAUAUUUGGGAAUUUUGAUGAGACCUACCCAAGUCGGUUUGAGCAGGGUAACAAAGAUGUAACUAAUGCAAGAACAAUCUACAAGAAAGAUUUAUGUAAAAUGCGAACAGUACAAAAUCGCUUUCUUUAAGAAGGUUAAACAAGGUACUUACUUUU